AUGAUCACAUCAGGUGGUGAGGUAAGUUUUAUCAACCAAUUGAUCAGAGACAGUCUAGCGCUAAAAGAUCAUGUAAGGUGGUUCACUUCUUUGUGCGGUAAAUUCUCAACGCUCACCGAAGUCGUCAAAACCUUCAAGACCCUCCAAGGUAACAAUUAUGCUCUGGGUGAAUUGCUGCAAGGUCAAACAAGAAGAUGGGUGAUUGGAUGGUCAUGGCAGGAUUGGAGGGUGCGAGACGCGCUAUGCAAGCCGUCUACUGUUGAAAGCUUUCGCUCCACCAAGAACCUACUACCCUUACCAAAUGAGAUAGACUAUCACUUACCAAGCCUAGUGAUGUCGGUCUCCUUGAAAGACUUGACAACACGUAUCACCCAAAUACUCGCAUCACUCCCGGACCUAUCGUGGCAAAUGUGCCCACUGCAGAAUGGUGAUGGUGAACACGUAUCUUGGGAGGUGACGGCCUUUCGCAAAUCGUGGUCGCGCGCUGAGCGUCGAAAGCGCAAGCCAUGCACUCAACCCACGGGGGAAAGACUACCAGCCAAGAACGCGUCAAGUGAAGGGUCGACUGACAGGGUGCGCGCGGAACCAUGUCUUACCGAGAGCAGCAGCAAUGGGCACCCAACACCAAUCAUGAAAGUAUCCUUGACGCUCUCUUGUACGCCCUCAAUCGAGGAACAUGAGAAACAGCCAAAAGAUUGCUCAUCGAAAGAAGCGACGAGCAGCCAAACAGACAAAGCUACUUUCCAACUGGCACCAAGCUCUGAUGUGGUAUACAAACUAGAUAUUCGAUGGCUACGGGGAUACGAGCGGGAUAUUUUUGAAAGUUUCUGGAAUCAUUUGAUCAAGAAAGUGAUACAAUGUGAUGAAAAAUUCUUUACAGCAGAUAAAGCCCAGGAUAUGACUGGUAUGAUGACGAUUUUAUAA